AUGUCACAAAAAACGAAGAAGCCAUCGGCAAAACCGUCCUCCACGACGGCCAACACGCCCAGUGGUGCCCAGUCCGUGUCGUCAUCCGCAUCGACCGUGUCAAGCGCAUCGGAAUCGAUGGAGACGGCCCUCAGCCCGACGCGCCACAGUCGGCUGCAUGAAAAAAACAGUCUCAUGAAUCUGAACGAUCGGUUGGCCUGCUACAUCGAUCGAGUACGGUUUUUGGAGCAGGAAAACUCCCGUCUAUCGCUUGAGCUGUCCACUCUACAGGAUACCGCUGCCCGGGAAGUGUCCGGGCUGAAGGCCAUAUAUGAACACGAGCUGGCGGACGCACGCAAACUGCUAGAUGAAACGGCACGCGAGAAGGCGAAGAUGGAAAUAGAGUCAAAGCGCACCUUGGAGGAAAAUGACCAAUUGCGUACCAAGCUGAACCGGCGCACAAAGGAGGUCAGCGAGCUGGAAAGGGAGGCGCGUGCAAAUGAGGCCCGGUGCAUCGAGUUGACCGCCAACUUCAACAGUGUCUGUUCGGAGCGGAAGAAGCUGCAGGAUGAGCUCCGGGAAGCGGAAAAAGAGACGGACAAGCUGCGCCGCUCGUUCGAAGCGAUACGGAAGGAUUUCGAGCACGAAACGCUGAUCCGGGUCGAUUUGGAAAACAAUAUCCAAAGUUUGCGCGAGGAGCUCACGUUCAAGGAGCAAGUACACAGCCAGGAACUGAGCGAGAGUAAACUACGCCGGCAGAGUGAGAUCAGCGAAAUCGAUGGCUUUCUCAUGGAGCAGUACGAGACGAAGCUGCAGCAGACGCUCCAGGAGUUGCGCGAUCAGUACGAGCAACAGCUGCGCCUGAAUCGGGACGAAAUGGGCAACCUGUUUGAGGGACGCAUCCAAGCGCUAGAGGAGCGAUUGGUAAGCGAACGUGCCCGGUAUGACGAGGAAAAAGCCAAGUUCCAAAAGCAACACGAUCAGAUGCGCACCGAGAUGGACGUUCAGUUGAAGGAUUAUCAGGAUCUGAUGGAUAUCAAGAUUUCGCUCGACAUGGAAAUAUCGGCGUACGAUAAGCUUCUGUCGACGGAAGAGACGCGUCUCAACAUUACGCCGAACGUGACCAGCUCCAGCUCGGCUGCCGGUGCCGCUGCGUUCACCUCCAGCUCACGGCUGUUCCGUACGCCUUCGCUUAAACGCAAGCGCAACAAUCUGGACGAAUCGUUGGAUUAUUCCGUGGUGGCUUCGGCCAAAGGUGACAUCGAGGUGACGGAGUGUGAUCCCGACGGUCGGUUCGUGCGCAUCGCAAACAAAUCGAAACAGGAGUACAAGCUGGACGGUUGGCAGCUGGUUCGUCGGCCGGCGGAUGCUUCCGAGAUAUGCUAUCGGUUCCCGAAGUCGGCCAAAAUCGAGGGCAACGGUAUAGUAACGGUGUGGGCAACCGUGGCGAACCGGAAACCGGAUCCACCGACCGAUCUGGUAAUGAAGAGCGCCUUGUGGACGGUAACGGAUACGAUGGUGACCGUGCUGCUGAACGAAGAAGGCGAUGAGAUGGCGACGGUCGAACGGCACCGCAUGAUGAAGCCACCGAAGGACAAAUACUUCCACGAGGAGAGUGGCUGCCGGCUAGCGGUGUAUUCGACAUCCGGCGUGAACAGGUCACCAUCAGCAUCGUCGAUCGGGCGGAUUCCAAACAAAAACGAUGAACAGUGUGCCGUAAUGUAA